AUGCAUAAUGAAUCUGACUUUGCAACGGACACUGUGAUUGAAGACCAAGUAUUAUCCGAUAAACCACGCAUUUUACUAAUGGGCCUUCAAAGAAGUGGCAAGUCAAGUAUUCAACGAGUUGUAUUUGGAAAAAUGCCGCCAAACGAUACCUUGUAUUUGGAAAGCACAACAAAGAUUCAAAAAGAAGAUAUAGCUCGCUCCUUUAUAGACUUUCAAAUAUGGGACUUUCCUGGACAAAUCGACUUCUUUGAUGAAAUGGCCUAUGAUCCACAGGAUAUAUUUGGAACGGUGGGAGCAUUGAUAUUCGUGAUAGAUGCGCAGGAUGAUUAUAGCGAGGCAUUACAUCGUUUAUUUACUACGGUGACAAGUGCUUAUCGAGUUAAUCCAAAUAUUACAUUUGAAGUGCUUAUUCAUAAAGUGGAUGGAUUAUCUGAUGAUUAUAAGAUUGAUACUCAAAGAGAUGUUCAACAAAGAAUGAGCGAUGCCUUGGCAGAUGCACAACUGGAAUAUAUCCAUCUCACAUACUAUCUCACGAGUAUUUACGAUAACUCAAUCUAUGAAGCAUUCAGUAAGAUCAUUCAAAAGCUGAUCCGUGAGUUACCCGCUUUAGAAAAUUUACUCAACGUUUUAUGUUCAAACUCGGGCAUUGAUAAAGCAUAUCUAUUUGAUACAUUAACCAAAAUAUACAUCGCAACAGACAGUUCACCUGUAGACAUGCAAUCAUAUGAAUUAUGUUCAGAUAUGAUUGAUGUUUGCAUUGAUGUUGAAUGUAUUUAUGGUGCACAAGGCGGCAGUCCGAUGAAUUUAUCCUUGAUGGACUCUACAGAGCGCUAUCAUCAAGAGAUAACCAAUGGAAACGGCAUAGACUCUGAAAGUGUAAUAGAACAACAAGAGGAAGAAAAACCAAAGCAAUAUGAGACUGAGGCAUCUAGUCUGAUCAAACUGGAUAACGGAGAUGUGCUUUAUAUGAGAGAAGUCAAUAGGCUGCUAGUGCUGAUAUGCUUAUUGAGACAAGAUAAUUUUGAAAAACAUGGUUUAAUUGACUAUAACUUCCAAUGUUUCAAAGAAGCAGUAACUCAAGUCUUUGAGUUUUCACGAAAACGAAACACACAACAAAGACAACUACAUUAA